UAUGACGUUUACGUCGCGCAUCCUCCUCUAGAGCCUCAUGAUUGGAAUGUGAAGCACGCUAAGUUUGAUGAACCUGUACGAAAGAUCUUCUAUAAUGAAGACCUAAUAAGAGCAGCAUUCUACAAGAAGUAUCGUGGAGGUGUUAUGAAUUUGGAAAACGCACGAGAAAGCUUAUCGCAGCAGUUUAUCAAAGAGUAUGAGCGGAUUAAGAAUGAAGAUAAAGGAAACGCUUCACAAGAAGAGCUGUUUCGGCGGACAGAGGAACGGAUGAAGGAAGCUGGAAGUUACACUGUGCGUUCCACCUUCAUCGAAUUUUUCAAGCAGAAGAAAGCACAUACUUAUGUGCAUUCAUCUUCUGUCAUCCCACACGACGACCCUACUCUUCUCUUUGCUAAUGCAGGGAUGAAUCAGGCAUGUUUUCUCUCUUAAUG